CGCCUCCUUCGCCGACCGCCGACCGCCCCCUUCCGCUUCUCCGACCCCAGCCCCCGCCCCCGCCCCCGCCCCCGCCCCCGCGCCAACGGACGUCUAGGGUUUCUCAGGAAAAGAAAGGCGCGGGGAAAUGGUGGUGGGCGGAGCAGCGGCCGGAGCAACGGGGGGCGGGAGGCGCGGGGCAAUGGUGGUGGGCAGAGCAGCGGCCGGAGCAACGGGGGGCGGGAAGAAGAAGAAGAAGGACAAGUCCGCUGGUGGCGGUGCGUCCUCUUCUCUAACCCGGGAGGAGCGAGAAGACAUGCUAGAUGCCUUGAUUGAGAAGGAAGUUCAGAAGAGGAUGAACAAAUUUAAGGGGAAGAGGCCGACCAAGUUCGAGCUCUCAGUAGAAGAUGCAGGGCUGCGAUUGAAGAUUGCCAAAGAGGAUCAGACAUCUCUUUCGACCUUACCCAGAUUUGAGCUUGACAUCGACUGUGAUAUUUUGGAGUACAUUAAUCUUCUGAAGGAUAGAAUGUUUCAUCACCGAACACGUGGGUCGUAUUACUUUGGCGGUGGAGUCGUGGCCACCCCACCAAUGGGGGAUGAUGAGACAUUCAACAUGAUUGAAUUCAUGGAGACAACCCAACAAGGCUCUAAGCGUUCUGUUAUGCAGUGCAUUUUUUGUGAUAAUGAUCUGUACUAUCAAUUGUUUAGAGCAACUCCUGAGAAGGACGAAGACAGGUAUACUACGGGCAAUUUUUACAGACUUGGUGGUGUUAAAAGGGAGUUCCCGGAGAAGUUAUUUGGAAAGCUUAAUGAUGUUUAUGGAGCCCCUGAGUCCUAUCAUAAUUCUGAGCAGAUUGCAGUCUACGCAAAUGUAUUCAGGAAGAUGGUUGAGAAAGUCAAGAAGCUCACACCAGAAAGGGCUAAGAAGUUUGAUCCUGAUCUUUUGCCCCUUGUGCAGCUUCCAAUCACUGCUGUAUGCGAGUCUGAAAGGUUUCCAGCAGUACUAAGGUUCACGACUGGUAACUUUUACAGCUCAACACCGCAGCACGUAACUAGCAGGCUUGAGGAACUUGUGCAUAACUGGGGGAGGUUGUCCAAGUUGGCUUUCUUGAUGAUUCUGGCUGUCAUCGAGUUCGACAUGGAAUUUUACGAUUGCAGAAAGAGCUUCCUUGAAGCUAGAGCUAAUUUGCACAACACCGUGGGGGCGGUACGUAAACUUACUUCAAUGGUCCUGAUGGGCAUUUCAGCCUGAAAAAGCUGCUGGGCGUGGGCGGCUGUGUUCAUGUGCUAAAGUUUGACUUUGAUGAUGUAAUCCGUAUUAUCAUGAGGGCCAGACAUGAUGCACGAGGUGCAAUCAAAGAAAUAAAAGCAAAACUGGAUAGCCCUGCGGCCUCCACACCUGUAGAUGUUUGUGCUGAAGCUGAUGUGAAGAAGUUGCAAGCAAAACUGGAUAUCCCUAUGGCCUCCACAUCUGCAGAUGUUUGUGCUGAAGCUGAUGAUACUGCUAGAGCUGAUGUGAAGAAGACGCAAGCGAAGGUGUCAGUCUUGACACCUUCAGAUGGAGCUGAUGUGAAGGAGUUGCAAGCGAAGGUGCCAGUCCCGACAACAUCGCGAUCUUUGGUUGAGCUUGCUGGAGCUGAUGCCAAGAAGGUGAUAUCUUCACAUGAGCGAAAAGAAGCUCAGACCAGGGAGCUUGCUGGAGUUCAUGCUGAAGCUGAUGAUACUGCUAGAGCUGAUGUGAAGAAGACGCAAGCGAAGGUGUCAGUCUUGACACCUUCAGAUGGAGCUGAUGUGAAGGAGUUGCAAGCGAAGGUGCCAGUCCCGACAACAUCGCGAUCUUUGGUUGAGCUUGCUGGAGCUGAUGCCAAGAAGGUGAUAUCUUCGAAUGAGCGAAAAGAAGCUCAGACCAGGGAGGUGCCACCUGAUGAAGUUGAGUGGGCAAGGUGGUUGAAGCGUAGGCGUGCAGGUCUAAAGGUCAUGGACCUACUGAUGGAAUGAAGAUGUCUGUUCUUCAUGUGCUAACCUGUCUGCUAAGAUGCUGUUUUUGCGUUGGUGAUUUCAGAACUUCUCCACUGAAGGUGAUGGAUGUAAAGAAGACUUGGCGUUCUUGUGCAAUGGCCGAUGGCUGAUAUGUGUAAUUGUCCAUUCUCUUGGGUUUAGAAUAGUCAAUUGACUUGAGGAUGUGGUGUGCAGUUCUUGAUGCUGCUUGAUGUUAAUGCAUACCGGUGAUUUUCCACUUGCACACUGAAAUUUUCAGCUAUGAUUCA